AUGGCUUCUUCCUUCUCUGAUUGGGCAUGGCUUCCAAGAAACCUCCUCCUUUCCAUUCUAGAAAAAAUUGAUCAGUUCUCGGACUAUGUACGGUUUAGUGGCGUUUGUCGACAAUGGCGUCGCUAUGCCCUCGACCAGGUUACUGAUGAUUACAAGCAGAGGUUACGCAUCUUCAAAUCGUGUCAUAAUAAACUCCCUGUGUUGAUGAUGGACACAAAAGAAAACAGUGAACCAGCUAAGCGACUUUUGUUUAGUCUUACCAGAGAAAUUACGUACUCAGUGGAUUUGCCAUUGCCUUGUACAAGGAGGUUUAUAGGAUCUGCCUUUGGAUGGUUAUUAGCUAUAGAAAGAAGCACCAUGGUCAUAACCCUCUUAAACCCCUUUACUGGUGGAGCCGUUUCUCUCCCGCCUUUGAAAGAUCCUUAUGGUCUCUAUGAAGGUUACAUCGAUGAUGAUGAUCCAGAGGACUUUAUUAGGAAGGCAAUCCUAUCAUCCGAUCCAUCUCUAAGCCCAAACAACUACGAGGUUGUGGUUAUCUAUGAUGGUAUGUGUCGAUUAGCUAUGUUCAAAUCUGGACAAGAGUCAUGGAAUUUUAUUGAUAGACGUGAUUACUCAUGCUCAUGUUUUGAUGUUAUUUAUCAUCACAAAGGUCAAAUUUAUGGCGUUGACAGAAUGAGUAACCUAGUGAAAAUUGACUUUGCUAGCGGUACAGAAAUAGCUUUAACCAAACAAGUAAAACCUUCGAUUGAUAUGGCUGACACCGUUUAUCUUGUUCAAUCACAAGAGGGUGAUCUACUACACGUACAAAGGCAUUGGAGGGGGCCUCCUGAUGGUGAUCAGACAGAGAAAACUUCAAGAAUUGCUGUUUUUAAGAUGCUACAACAUCCAACUGGGGAGGCAGAGGCAACAUGGGUUCCUAUUAAUCGCUUAGGGAACCAAGCCUUAUUUGUAGGCGACAAUCAUUCUCUAUCGGUUUCAACAUUAGAGUUUCCCAAGUGCCUACCUAACUGCAUAUACUACACGCAACACUUCCAUUCCGACUGUCCAGGUUAUGUGCCCAAGGGGAUCGAUGAGGACAUGGGUAUCUUCAAUGUGGAGGAAGAAAGCUUUCAAUCGUGUUGCAUACCAGAUCCUCAUCUUGGAAACAACGUUCUGCCUCUAAUCUGGUUUGUGCCAAAUAUGAGAGGAACAGUUUCUUCGUGUUUUCAAUCUACUUCUUGUAAUAGUAGUGGGUUGAUGCAGUCAGAAUUUGGAAAAAUUAAAAUUAUUUAA